AUGGAAUAUGAAAGAUCUCUAUUCAGGAUCUACGAUAUAGCUCUCAACAACCCAAGAUUCAUCCUCUUUAUCAAAAUUUUUUCAAUUUUCUGUAUUUCCUUAUCAAUUUUCAAUCUCACACUUUUCCUAAUUUUCCAUUGUCUUUACAUAAACAAUGGAGAAGCAUUAGCUGAUGCUUUUUCUUCCCAGCUGCUUUCAGGAUGCGGAAUUUAUCAAUCUCCUGAGCUGAAUUUGACUCUACCUCUUGAAGAUGAAUGUCUCUAUAUCAAUAACUCAACAGUCCUUUUGCCUGAAGACAUUUACCAUAUUUCAGUCAAUUCUUUGACAUAUGAAUUUUCUAUGAUGACAGAGUCCUUGUAUUUUCCUGAAGAAUUAGUGAAAAGAAAAAAUUUUACAGUCCAUAAUAUUACUGCUAAUGAAUUAGUAUCUGAUUCUUUAUGAAUAAUUUCACUUGCAGUUAAUGAAAUUGAUACAGUAAUGAUUAAUCAACUAAAGACUGUCUUUCAUAGCAAUGGAAUGCUCAGAAACUUAAAAACAAAAGAAAUCUGGAUCUGGAGUGAAAGCCAAAUAAAAGAAAAAGAAAAUUUAGGAUUUUUCGGAAAACUUCGCAAUUUAUGCAAAGCUUUCUUUUGAUUCAGCAUCGUUUCACUUAUCACUGGGCUUACAUGCAGAUUUGCUAUAAUUGGGUCAUCAGCUUUAUUAUUAGCAAUUGUAUCUCUCCCAUGCAUAAACAGAGUUCACCCUCAAUGCUCACACAUUGCUUAUUUAUCUUUUCCUUGAAUAGGCGAGCCUGCUUAUGCGCUCUCUCAAGCUCGUAAAAGCACUUUUAAGCUGCUUUUUUCUUUCUUUUUAAUGCUUUUUGUCCUAUAUAUGAUGUAUAUUUGCACCUCAAUACUCUGGACUUUCUAUUUAUUUGAAAAUUGUUUCCCACAAGACAUUGACGAAAGAUUUUACAAUUUAGUUUCUUUUGUUGAGUUUUUUUCAUUGAUUUUUACAAGAACAAAAAAAUCUGUAGCUUAUUACCCAAGAUUUAUAUCAUUUUUCCUCAUUUCUUUCCUUUUAUACAGAUAUAACUAUUUUUAUGGAUUUUUGAAUUUGGUAUUUGCAAUUGUUUCAUCAUUGUGUUUUGGGAUAAUGGGAAUUAUGAUAGUGAAAUGGGAAGUCCCAACAAUGAAUGAUGGCCCAAGUUUUGCAAGCCCAAGAUUAGUAUAUCAGAUGGUCUUUAAUGAGAGAAGGACUGGGCUAGCUGAUUUAUGGAGCAUGUUUUAUCCAGUUGAAGGAAGAGGAUACUUUACUGACAGAGAAAUGGAAAGGAUUUUUCCUCAACAAAAUGUUUAA